AUGGUUUUUACUCCGAAAAGCCAACUGGGAUCCCAGUACCAGUUGUUCUCUCUUCUCUUGUUGGCAGCCUGGGAGGCGGGGAGCGGCCAGGUUCACUACUCGGUGCCCGAGGAGGCCAAACACGGCACGUUCGUGGGCCGCAUCGCGCAGGACCUGGGGCUGGAGCUGGCGGAGCUGGUGCCGCGCCUGUUCCGGGUGGCGUCCAAAGGCCGCGGGGACCUUCUGGAGGUGAAUCUGCAGAACGGCAUUCUGUUUGUGAAUUCUCGCAUCGACCGCGAGGAGCUGUGCGGGCGGAGCGCGGGGUGCAGCAUCCACCUGGAGGUGAUCGUGGACAAGCCGCUGCAGGUCUUCCACGUGGACGUGGAGGUGAAGGACAUUAACGACAACGCGCCAGUGUUCCCAGCCACACAAAGGAAUUUGUUUAUCGCGGAAUCCAGACCGCUUGACUCUUAUUUUUCGCUAGAGGGCGCAUCAGAUGCAGACAUUGGAGCUAAUGCUCUGUUGACUUACAGACUGAGCCCCAAUGAGUAUUUCUCUCUGGCAAAACCAUCAGAUGGUGUAAGAGUAAAACGUCUGGGACUUGUAUUAAGAAAACUUUUAGACAGGGAGGAAGCGCCAGAGCUUUCCUUACUGCUCACGGCCACUGAUGGAGGCAAACCUGAGCUGACGGGGACCGUUAGGUUACUUAUCACUGUGCUUGACGCCAAUGACAAUGCUCCGACUUUUGAUAGAACAUUCUAUACUGUGAAAUUACUAGAAAAUGUUUCUAAUGGAACAAUGGUAAUUAAACUGAAUGCUUCUGAUGUAGACGAAGGCUUGAAUGGGGCCAUCAUUUAUUCAUUCUCUUCUGAUAUUUCACCAAAUGUGAAAUCCAAGUUCCACAUAGAUCCGAUUAUUGGAGAAAUUACAGUAAAGGGAUAUAUAGAUUUUGAAGAAAGCAAAUCCUAUGAGAUUCACGUAGAAGGGACUGAUAAGGGACAACUUCCACUUUCUGGUCAAUGUACAGUACUAGUAGAAAUUGAAGACACAAAUGAUAAUGUUCCAGAUUUAGAAUUCAAAUCUCUCUCACUUCCAAUUAGAGAAGACGCUUCACUAGACACUGUCAUCGCCUUGAUCAGCGUGUCAGACCCCGACUCUGGUGCCAGUGGGGAGGUAGCCUGCUCCCUGACACCGAAUGUCCCCUUCAAGCUGGUGUCCACCUUCAAGAAUUACUACUCGCUGGUUCUGGAUGGCGCCCUGGACCGCGAGAGCGUGCCGGCCUAUGAUCUGGUGGUGACGGCGCGGGACGGGGGCUCCCCUGCCCUGUCGGCCUCAGCCAGCGUCCUGCUGGUGCUGACGCUGCUGCUGUACACGGCGCUGCGGUGCUCGGCGCCGCCGGCAGAGGGCGCGUGCGGUCCGGGGAAGCCGAGGCUCGUGUGUUCGAGUGCGGUGGGGAGCUGGUCGUGCUCCCAGCAGAGUAGGCAGAGGGUGUGCUCUGGGGAGGGGCCGCCCAAGACCGACCUUAUGGCCUUCAGCCCUAGCCUACCCCCGUGUCCAGUAGCAGCAGAUAUUGUCAAGAAUCAAGAUUUAAAUGAAGAUCAAGACGAUUGUAGUAACAACAUUUCAACUCAUAUGGACCCAGGCUUUCGCUUUGGAUCAGUUAGUGUAUUUGACGUGCAGACCAUUUCAUUUAGUGAGCAGCUUCAUAUAUUAUCUACCAUGCCACCAGGGCUAAAACAAGAAUUUGAAAUGGUGUUUCCGGGUCCAGGUGAACUACCAGUCCGGGUUCUAUUGCUAUUUCAGAUAAUAUUUGCAGGCUGGGAGGCGGGGAGCGGCCAGGUCCACUACUCGGUGCUCGAGGAGGCCAAACACGGCACGUUCGUGGGCCGCAUCGCGCAGGACCUGGGGCUGGAGCUGGCGGAGCUGGUGCCGCGCCUGUUCCGGGUGGCGUCCAAAGGCCGCGGGGACCUUCUGGAGGUGAAUCUGCAGAACGGCAUUCUGUUUGUGAAUUCUCGCAUCGACCGCGAGGAGCUGUGUGGGCGGAGCGCGGGGUGCAGUAUCCACCUGGAGGUGAUCGUGGACAAGCCGCUGCAGGUCUUCCACGUGGAGGUGGAGGUGAAGGACAUUAACGACAACGCGCCUGUAUUCCCAGCCACACAAAGGAAUCUGUUUAUCGCAGAAUCCAGGUUGUUAGACUCUAAAUUUCCGCUAGAGGGCGCGUCAGAUGCAGACAUUGGAGCCAAUGCUCUGCUGACUUACAGACUGAGUCCCAGUGCCUAUUUCUCGCUGGAUGUACCAACAAAUGAGGAUCAGGUAAAACCUCUUGGGCUUGUAUUACAGAAAGCUUUAGACAGGGAGGAAACGCCGGAGCUUUCCUUAGUGCUCACGGCCACUGAUGGAGGCAAACCUGAGCUGACCGGGACUGUUCAGUUAAUCAUCACUGUGCUUGACGCCAAUGACAAUGCGCCAGUUUUUGACAGAACGCUCUAUAAAGUGAACCUGCCAGAAAAUGUCUCUAAAGGAACCUUAGUAAUUAAGCUAAAUGCCUCAGAUUUAGACGAAGGCCUCAAUGGGGCUAUUAUUUACGCGUUCUCUGGUGAUAUUUCUUCAGAUAUAAAGUCUAAAUUCCACAUAGACCCUUUAACUGGGGAAAUUACCGUAAUAGGACAUAUAGACUUUGAAGAGCAUAAAGCCUACAAAAUUCGAGUAGAGGUUAUUGAUAAAGGCUUUCCACCACUGUCUGGACACUCUACUGUUUUGGUGGAUGUUGUGGAUGCUAAUGACAAUGCGCCACAGUUGACUAUCACAUCUCUGUCCCUUCCUGUCUCAGAAGAUGCACAACCAGGCACAGUCAUCACAUUGAUUAGCGUAUCUGAUCGCGAUUCAGGAGCUAACGGUCAAGUAACCUGCUCCUUGACGCCCCACACCCCCUUCAAGCUUGUGUCCACCUUCAAGAAUUACUACUCGCUGGUGCUGGACGGAGCCCUGGACCGCGAGAGCGUGCCGGCCUAUGAUCUGGUGGUGACGGCGCGGGACGGGGGCGCCCCUGCCCUGUCGGCCUCAGCCAGCGUGUCCGUGGAGGUGGCCGACGUGAACGACAACGCGCCCGCGUUCGCGCAGCCUGAGUACACGGUGUUCGUGAAGGAGAACAACCCUCCGGGCUGCCACAUCUUCACGGUGUCGGCCCAGGACGCGGACGCGCAGGAGAAUGCGCUGGUGUCCUACUCGCUGGUGGAGCGGCGGGUGGGCGAGCGCUCGCUGUCGAGCUACGUGUCUGUGCACGCGGAGAGCGGCAAGGUGUACGCGCUGCAGCCGCUGGACCACGAGGAGCUGGAGCUGCUGCAGUUCCAGGUGAGCGCGCGCGACGCGGGCUUCCCGCCUCUGGGCAGCAACGUGACGCUGCAGGUAUUCGUGCUGGAUGAGAACGACAAUGCGCCCACGCUGCUGCCGCCCGCCUCCGCCUCGGGCUCGGGCUCUGGCUCGGGCGCGUGGUCCGCGGCGGGCGUGGCGGGCGUGGCGCGGAGCGAGGUGGUGGCGCGGUCGGUGGGCGCGGGCUACGUGGUGGCGAAGGUGCGCGCGGUGGACGCGGACUCGGGCUACAACGCGUGGCUGUCGUAUGAGCUGCAGGCGGCGGCGGGCGGCGCGGCCGGCCCGUUCCGCGUGGGUCUGUACACGGGCGAGGUGAGCACGACGCGCGCCCUGGACGAGGCGGACGCGCCGCGGCAGCGGCUGCUGGUGCUGGUCAAGGACCACGGGGAGCCCGCGCUGACGGCCACGGCCACCGUGCUGGUGUCGCUGGUGGAGAGCGGCCAGGCGCUGAAGACGUCGUCGCAGGUGUCUGCGGGCGUCCCGGGCCCGGAGGCGGCGCUGGUGGACGUGAACGUGUACCUGAUCGUGGCCAUCUGCGCGGUGUCCAGCCUGCUGGUGCUGACGCUGCUGCUGUACACGGCGCUGCGGUGCUCGGCGCCGGCGGCAGAGGGCGCGUGCGGUCCGGGGAAGCCGAGGCUGGUGUGUUCGAGCGCGGUGGGGAGUUGGUCGUGCUCCCAGCAGAGGAGGCAGAGGGUGUGCUCUGGGGAGGGGCCUCCCAAGACCGACCUCAUGGCCUUCAGCCCCAGCCUACCUCCAGGUCCAGGAACAGAAGAUUUAAAUGAACAACAGGAUUUAAACGGCAAAGUGCCCUCGAGUUGA